AUGUCGCACGAGGAGCACGAGGUUGCGCGCGCUGCCGCUCGCUUUGGAUACGGUCCUCUGGCCCAUGUCAACACCGCUGAGUCUCGCCUACCCGCCUUUGGAGGUGAAUUCCAGCCUGGUCUGUACCGGCCCGUGAGCGACCGCAAGUUCGCCAACCCUGCGCCUUUGGGCCUGUGUGGUUUCGCAUUGACUACCUUUGUUCUUGGUGCUAUCAACAUGGGCACCCGCAACAUCACUGAGCCCAGCAUCGUUAUUGGCCCUGCCUUUGGCUAUGGUGGUUUGGUCCAGCUUCUGGCCGGCAUGUGGGAAAUGGCCGUCGGCAACACCUUUGGUGCCACCGCCCUCUCCUCCUACGGCGGCUUCUGGAUUGCCGUCGGCAUCAUCCUGACCCCUGGAGGCUUCAACAUCGAGAGCACCCUAACCGUGAACGGCCCGCGUGAAUUCAACAACUCAUUCGGCCUGUUCCUAAUGGGCUGGUUCAUCUUCACAUUCAUCCUGCUCCUGUGCACGCUGCGUUCCACAGUUGCAUUCUUCAGCCUUUUCUUCUCCCUCGACAUGGCCUUCCUGCUGCUCGGCAUCGGCUACCUCGUUCAAGACGCCAGUGGCGCCCCGACGACCAGCAUCAUCAAAGCCGGCGGGUUCUUUGCGCUCCUCGCGGCGUUUUUGGCCUGGUACAAUGCCCUCGCCGGUAUCGCGGACUCGAGUAACAGCUUCUUCGUUAUCCCCGUUGCGCACUUCCCGUGGAGCGAGAAGGGUAUGGAGCGCAGGACCAAAGCUGAGCGGGAGACUGUUUAA